AUGUUAACUUCCUUGUGUUUAACAAACCAGCUAGAACGGUAUCGGGAGGUCGCCCCUUCCUUAGAUUUUACAAGAAGUAGUGAACAUUCAAAAAGAAGAAAGACCGAGGAAGUUCUAGCUCAACUAAGUUCUGCUGAACUUGUAUAUGCGGCCCAAAUGAAUCUACGACCUGAGGAAAAAAUAGACGCAAGCACAGGAGUUAAAGAGGUUAAUUUUUCGACACCAAAUAGGUACAAAGUAGAAGAGCUAUCUAGAGAACGGGCUUUAUCGGUUCUAGUCGAAGCAAAACUGACUAGACAUCAAUAUGAGGUAGUGAGAAGUGAAGACAAAAGGAGAUUCCCAUCAUAUAAAAAUAUCCAGAAUGCUAAGAAACAUUGUUAUCCAGACCGUGAAGCUAUAACAAUUACAGAGACGAAUGCCGAAGUAAAGUUGCAAGAAUUACUUGUCCACACCGUUAGGCGUGUAGUGCAAAUUGAUGUUUUGCAGUCCUUAACAGAACAAAACUUCAGUGUUUAA